AUGGCACGUCCUGAAGCAGCUUCAGCACCUCCUUUCAAUUCGACCGAUCCUCAGAAUAUUGAUCAACCAGAAUCUCACUCUCAGAUACCUAAUGCUCAGAUAUUUCAACAUCAAAGUUCGCAGAACAAUCCUGAUGUGCCAAUGCAACCAGUGCAAUUUCCUUCCAUGGUUCAUCAACCAAGUCAAUACCCAAACCAGCCAAUUCCGAGCAACAUCCAUUUUCACUCUGUUAAUAUUCAAUCAAAUCCGCAGCCUGCACCACGAUAUGUGCCUGUGCAUCAAGUGCCUUUCCAGCAACCAAGCAUUGUAUAUGUUCCAAACGUAAACACGGUUGCUUGGACAACUGGAUUAUUUGAUUGCUUCGACGAUCCUUUGAAUGCUCUUGUGACAUUGUGCAUUCCUUGCUUGACAUUCGGACAAGUUGCAGAGAUUGUCGACAGUGGCAGCACAUCCUGUGCAGUAAGUGGGUUGAUUUACGGCGCUAUUGCUUGUAUAUUUGGAUGUCCAUGUUUCCUGUCUUGCACUUAUCGCACAAAACUUCGAAGCAGAUAUUACCUGGUUGAGUCUCCUGCCCCAGACUGGAUCACUCAUUGCCUUUGCGAAUACUGUGCUUUGUGUCAGGAGUAUAGGGAACUUCAGAACAGAGGACUUGACCCUUCAAUAGGAUGGCAUGGAAAUGUAGUAAGGAGUCAUAAUAUGCAGAUGUAUCAGACUGAGUUUACAUAUGAAGUUCUUGAACUUUCAUCCCUUGUCAAGUUUAUGAAAAAUGUUAGUGUUACUGAUAUAGGUAAGCUUGAUCGACUGUCAUAG